AUGUUUCAAGAUCUUUGUGCCACGUUGGUGGAAAAGAGACUUCUGGAAUGCCAUUCAAGGCAGCGAGUAAAAUUUCAAGAGCGUGUAGCAAUAUUUUUACACACAGUUGCCCAUUCGAACCGGCAACGUUCCACUGCAGAACGUUUCCAACACUCGACAUCGACCAUUUGCGACCACGUUAACGAGGUGGCCAAAGCGCUUGUGCGCCUAGCACCUCAUGUCAUCCGGCCUGAGGACAUGUCGUCCCCUGCGAGGAAGAUUCGUGACUUCCUAAUUUUCUGGCCGUACUUCAAGGUAAUUGCAUCUACUUGCAUCCCUAGUUUGCUUGCGGAUCAACGACUCUUCCGCGGGAGAAGGGGUGACACGAUGCAAAAUUGUCUUGCGGUGUGUGAUUUUGACAUGAAGUUCAUGUACGUGCUCGCUGGUCUGGAAGGGAGCACACAUGAUGCUCGUGUCUUAAGGGUCGCUAUCCGAGAGCAAGGGGAUUUCCCCUUCCCGCCGGACGGUACUAUAUGCCAAACUUCCAUCGUUACUUGGCAGUUUAGCGUUUACGAUCACCUCAUAUUCUUUUUUCAUAAUGCAAGGAAGUACUAUAUCGGGGGCUCUGGGUACAUGAACGUUUUUCGGUGCCUUACACCGUACCGCACAUAUCGCUAUCAUCUAUCGGAUUUUCAGGGAAACAAUACGUCCUCGAGGCCAAUGCCAAACUACAAGUUUGAUCGCCAAGUCAACUUUGUAAUGGCCUGCGCCGUCGUGCAUAACUUUAUGUUACUCUAUGGUGAGGAUGUACUAGAUCAUGCCUCAGAAGGCCACGACUCAACCGAUGAGGAAUCAGUCCCUCAACCGGUUGCACACAAUCGCCAAACACCGAACCCGGGCUGUGAAGACAGGGAAAAUCAGAAUGAAUUUGGUGAUAUGAUUGCGGACUGGCUUUGGAUUAAUAGAUACGAGCACGUGGAAGAGUUCGACUCCUCGUGGCCUACUUAG